AAAGGGAAAUUCGUCCAUCGUUCUCACUACCUCUCUCUCUCUCUCUCUCUGCCCCAACUCACCUCACCGGGUAUUUCCUAUUCUGAAUCCUCUCUCUUCUCUCUUCCUCCCACUGCAACUCUUCUUUGUCUUAAAGAAGAAGAAAGCUACUCUCUCUCUCUCUCUCUCUCUCUCUCUCUAUCUAUAGAAACUUGUCUCUUGCCAGGCAUUUGCUUAAAGCUGAAAGAAUUAAAAAUCGAACAAUGUCGUUCACUUUAGUGUUUCAAGCCAUGUGAGGUCUGACAGAUUCGCUCUUCUUCUUCUUCUUCUUCCGAUUCUCGCUUACUCGCGGAAUCGGUCGGUGCUUGGUCGGUUUGUGAGUGAAUCGAGCAAUGGCGGCAUCGUCGUCUCGGGGACGAAGCAGUUCACCAUUCCACUACAGGAGGCCAUCGAGUCCGUUCUCGUCCUCGUCUUCAUCGUCGUCGUUUAUGAACGGUCGGCUAUUGCCUCGCUCGUGCUCGUCGUCUUCGACGACGUAUUACGGAUCCGGCAACGGGUACGGUUCCAGAUCCAUGACUCCAAGUCGGCACCGGAGCGAUACGGUGUACUCUAAGGGUUAUGGAGGGCGGUCGCCAGUCGGAUUUGCAUCUGCGGACGAGCUUCUCGCCGAGGCAAUGGAUGCUCCGAGAUCCGGUGGGGAUAGUAUAUCGGUGACCAUUCGGUUUCGGCCAUUGAGUGAACGGGAAUAUCAGAGAGGGGACGAGGUGUCGUGGUACGCAGAUGGCGAUAAAAUUGUGCGGAAUGAGUACAAUCCGGCUACGGCUUAUGCAUUUGAUAGAGUUUUUGGACAAUCUACUUCUACUCAGGAAGUGUAUGAAGUAGCUGCUCGACCUGUAGUCAAGGCUGCCAUGGAAGGUGUAAAUGGAACUGUCUUUGCCUAUGGUGUUACAAGUAGUGGGAAGACGCACACCAUGCAUGGAGAUCAAAAUUCCCCAGGCAUCAUCCCGCUGGCUAUAAAGGAUGUUUUCAGCAUUAUCCAAGAUACACCAGGACGAGAGUUCUUGCUUCGUGUGUCAUAUCUUGAAAUAUAUAAUGAGGUCAUAAAUGACUUGCUCGAUCCAACUGGUCAAAAUUUGCGUGUCAGAGAAGAUGCACAGGGUACUUAUGUUGAAGGUAUAAAAGAAGAAGUAGUUUUGUCACCUGGGCAUGCACUGUCUUUUAUUGCUGCUGGAGAAGAGCAUCGUCAUGUUGGUUCAAAUAACUUUAAUUUGUUGAGUAGCCGUAGUCACACAAUAUUCACACUGAUGGUUGAAAGUAGCGCCCAUGGUGAUGACUAUGAUGGAGUGGUCUUCUCUCAACUUAAUUUGAUUGAUUUAGCUGGAUCAGAAAGCUCAAAAACUGAAACUACUGGUCUAAGGAGAAAAGAAGGAUCAUACAUCAACAAAAGUCUUCUAACUCUUGGAACUGUCAUUGGAAAACUAAGUGAGGGGAAGGCAUCUCAUGUUCCGUAUCGAGAUUCCAAGCUUACCCGCUUGUUGCAGUCUUCACUGAGUGGCCAUGGACAUGUUUCGCUUAUUUGCACAGUUACUCCUGCAUCAAGCAAUAUGGAGGAAACUCAUAAUACGUUAAAAUUUGCCAGCAGAGCAAAGCGAGUGGAGAUAUUUGCCUCACGUAAUAAGAUUAUUGAUGAAAAAUCUUUGAUUAAAAAGUAUCAAAGAGAAAUAUCAACCCUCAAAGAGGAGCUUGAUCAGCUACGGAGGGGGAUGCUAGUUGGUGUUAGUCAUGAAGAGAUUAUGAGCUUAAGACAAAAGUUGGAAGAAGGCCAAGUGAAAAUGCAAUCACGAUUAGAGGAAGAGGAAGAAGCCAAGGCUGCUUUAAUGAGUAGAAUUCAAAGGCUAACCAAGCUCAUACUUGUUUCUACAAAGAAUUCACUUCCUGGACUGAAUGAGGUGCCCAGUCAUAAACAUGAUCAUUCUGUUGGCGAGGAUGAUAAACUGGAUGCUCUGCACAAUGGUUCUUUGCUUAUAGAAAAUGAGAAUCACAAAGAUUCGCCUUCAUCUGCUCUGGCUGUUCCAUCAGAUCCUUCUGAUGAUGCUAGGCACAGGAGAUCAUUGAGCCGGCCGAAUGAUGAAUUAUCUCCAGCUGGGAGUACAGUUACUGAAUCAACUCAAGGUGGGAUCACAGUGUCUGAUCAAAUGGACCUUCUUGCUGAGCAAGUUAAGAUGCUUGCCGGUGAGAUUGCAUUCAGCACUAGUACUUUAAAGCGAUUGGUGGAACAGUCUGUCAAUGACCCAGAUAGCUCAAAAACUCAGAUUCAGAACUUGGAACGUGAAAUCCUAGAAAAGAGAAGGCAGAUGAGGAUUUUGGAACAAAGGAUUAUUGAGAGUGGUGAGGCUUCAAUUGCUAAUACUUCAUUGGUUGACAUGCAGCAGACUGUGAUGAAAUUGAUGACCCAGUGUAGUGAAAAGGAUUUUGAGCUGGAGAUAAAGUCAGCAGAUAACCGGGUACUCCAGGAGCAACUGCAGAACAAGUGUGCAGAGAACAAGGAUUUGCAAGAGAAAAUAGAUCAGCUGGAACAGCAGCUGGCUUCUGGAGUUGGUCAUAAAUCACCAUCAUCUGAACAGCAUAUGUCUGAAGAAUACGUGGAUGAGUUGAGAAAGAAAAUUCAAUCUCAGGAAAUUGAGAACGAAAAACAAAAGCUAGAACAUGUGCAGAUUUUAGAGGAGAACAGUGGAUUACGUGUGCAGAAUCAGAAAUUGUCUGAGGAAGCCUCUUAUGCAAAGGAACUGGCUUCGGCUGCUGCUGUUGAGUUGAAGAAUUUGGCUGGUGAAGUGACAAAGCUUUCAGUACAGAAUGCAAAAUUAGAGAAGGAACUGUUAACUGCUCGAGAAUUGGGGCAUUCUAGACCUGCUGGUUUACAAACUGGUAAUGGUGGCCCCCGGAACAGCACUAGAGCAGUGCGAAAAGGCCGGCUUUCUGGUCGAGUUAAUGACGCUACAGGAAUGGGCUAUGAUUCUCUGGACUCGUGGGACCUUGACCCAGAUGAUCUAAAAAUGGAGUUGCUAGCAAGGAAGCAAAGGGAGGCAGCGCUUGAGGCUGCCCUGGCAGAGAAGGAAUUUGUUGAAGAUGAAUACAGGAAAAAAGUUGAAGAAGCAAAGAAAAGGGAGGCAGCUUUGGAAAAUGAUUUAGCCAACAUGUGGGUGCUUGUUGCACAGCUGAAAAAGGAUGGGGGAGCCAUGCCUGAGUUGAGCUCAAAUGAAAGGCAUACUGAUGGUAUGAUGAACCAUGUGAAUGAUCCAAAGUUGGAUGGUGUAGAGAGUGUGGACACUGUCCUCAAAGAGGUGCAAGUUCAGGAUGUUGGAAAGCCAGCUCAAGAUAUUUCGAAGGAAGAACCUCUUAUUGCUCGUCUGAAGGCUCGAAUGCAAGAGAUGAAGGAAAAAGAACUCAAACAUUCUGGGAAUGGGGAUGCAAAUUCUCAUGUAUGUAAAGUAUGUUUUGAGUCACCAGCUACCGCAAUGCUUCUCCCUUGUCGGCAUUUCUGUUUGUGUAAAUCUUGUUCGCUCGCUUGUUUGGAGUGUCCAAUAUGUCGAACAAAGAUUGAAGACAGAAUAUUUGCUUUUACUUGACAUGGUGUUUUGUACCCUGAAUCAAGGGCCAGGGAUUCGUCACCUUUCACCUGUUUGUAGAUUUUCCGUGGGAUAGCAGGUGCCAUUCUUUUAUUAGUUGGCCUGUAUGUAAAACCCUUGCAAAGGUAUAUUUGGCUUUUACUUCCCCAAGGGGCUGUAAAAAUAAAGGCAACGAACGGGAGCAAAAAUUGAAAAGAAAAAAAGAGAAAAAAAAGAGAGUAAAUGUUGUAAAAGAGAAAUUGUAAACUGCAUCUGGAGAUUUCCAAUUCAGCAUGCUGCUUGUUUCCUAAAUACCAGCAGUUUGAGUGAAGAGUGUCCCCCUCAA